AUGCAGCUGAUGUCGCUGUGGGGCCCGUUCAUCUACGCCGGCUGUUUCGCCGCCACGCUCUCCACCGCGCUCACCAACCUGCUGUCCGUGCCGCGCAUCAUCCAGGCGCUGGGCAUCGACCGCAUCUACCCCGGGCUCAUCUUCUUCUCCAAGGGCUACGGCAAGAGCGGCGAGCCCUACCGCGGCUACGUCAUCACCUUCCUCGUCUCCGCCGGCUUCCUGCUCAUCGCUCAGCUAAACGUGAUUGCGCCCUUGAUUUCUAACUUCUAUUUGGCCUCAUACGCCCUCAUCAACUUCUGUACCUUUCAUGCAGCCCUCAUCAAACCGCUAGGAUGGCGACCAACAUUCAAAUACUACAACGUCUGGCUGAGCCUGGUCGGCUUCGUUCUAUGCGUCUCAAUCAUGUUCUUGAUUGAUUGGGUAACGUCCCUAAUAACCUUCAUUAUCAUCUUCGCACUGUACCUGAUCGUCGUCUACAGGAGACCAGACGUAAACUGGGGUUCCUCGACGCAAGCGCAGACGUACAAAACAGCCCUGACGACGGCCUACCGGCUCUCCAAUAUCGGAGAGCACGCCAAGAACUACCGCCCGCAGCUGCUGGUGCUGUCGGGCAAGCCGUCGGCGCGGCCGCCGCUGAUGGGGCUGGCCAAUCUCAUCACCAAGCACACGGCGCUCUGCGUCUGCGGAGACCUGCUGCCGGUGCGUACGCGGCUGUCUCACAAAUCCCGGCUGGCGCGAGUGCGCGCGGGCUACAAGUGGCUGCAGAGCCGCAAGUACAAGGCUUUCUACACCGUCAUGGACGGGCUGAGCUUCGAGGACGGCGCGCGAGCCAUGCUGCAAUCCGCGGGCAUCGGCAAGCUCAAGCCCAACGUGCUGCUCAUGGGCUACAAGAGCGACUGGCGGACCUGCAACACGGACGACCUCGUCGCUUACUUCAACAUCCUCCACAACGCCUUCGACAACCGCAUGGCGGCCACCAUCCUCCGCCUGCCCGACGGGCUGGACUACUCGAAGGUGACGGACGACGCCGACGUGAACACGCCCAUCGCCGCCAGCAACGGCGACCUCACCGUCAACAGCACCGUCCUGCGCCACGACAUGGCCGUGCGAGGCGAGAUGCUGCGCGUGGACUCCAACCUGAGCUUCCUCACGCACCACGGCGGCUCCGACUCCACGCUGCACCUCAAAGAUUCAACACAGUGCCUGCCAACAGACAGCUUGACAUCUGGUAGAAGGUAUAAUUUACAGCACGACAAGACCUGGAAUAUAGGGAGUCCUAAAACAAUUCUGAAAUCCAAGAAAAAAGCUGUUGCAGAACAAAUCCUCAAAGACGCAACGGGCCACGACAUCCCUCGGGAAAUUCUCGCCAAUAUGACGUUAUUCGACCGCAAACAGAAGAAAGGCACGAUCGACGUCUGGUGGCUAUACGAUGAUGGAGGUUUAACCAUUCUUCUUCCUUACAUCGUGCAUAUGAGGAGCUAUUGGUCUCACUGCAAACUAAGAGUGUUUGCUCUGGCCAAUCGUGGGCAUGAACUGGAGUUGGAGGAACGCAACAUGGCUAAUCUACUAUCGAAGUUCCGGAUAGAUUACUCAAGCUUAAAGAUGGUAACUGGCAUUACUGAAAAACCAAAGAGCGAAACGGUUAACAUGUUGAACAGUCUCCUGGAGGGCUUCCGCGAAAGUGACGGAGCCCAUGAAGAAUGCCGAGUAACUGACACAGAACUGGCAACUCUUCAUGAGAAAACAAACCGACAGUUAAGACUCCGCGAAAUGCUUCUAGAAAAUUCCCAGGACGCUGUUUUAGUUGUGAUGUCCCUGCCUAUGCCGAGAAAAGGAACUGUCUCGGCUCCUCUGUACAUGGCGUGGCUGGAGAUGCUCUCCCGGGACAUGCCUCCGUUCUUAUUCGUGCGCGGGAAUCACACGUCUGUUCUAACUUUCUACUCAUAAUGAGAACUUUAUAGGAAUUGACAGGCGAAUACAUCGAAGAAGCAGAGCCGAAGAAUAGAGAGAAAUCCAAUGUAAUACUUUGGAAGUGAUGAGUGCUUUAUGUGUUUCCCGACCAAUUCAUCCGGUUUCACUACACAGCAACAAAAGAAAAUUGAAUCGAUUAUUUCGAAAAGACGACGCGCUCUUCGAGGUGCGCACGUUGUUAGAAAACUCCACAUCUCUCUGCAACAAAAAUUGGCCUAUUUGAAGUUAACAGAGAACCACAUCGGAUUAUAUUAUAUUAACGAACAGAUGGCAUGUGGCGUGUUCAUACUAAUGGAGUUUGAAGUAUAUUCUGAAUCAAAUAAUGUGCUUAACUCAUUUCUGUGUAGAGAUGUGACCUUUUCGAAAAAUCAGAUUCAGUGAAGAUGUAAGAUAGUUGUAGAGUGAAAACUAGUCAUUAAGUGUGUGGCGUUUUUCAACCAAAUAAUCUAAGGACAUACUUCUUCAUAUUUUCCUUGUGAAGAGGGUUUUUCUUUGUUCAAUACGAUUGAAUUCGACUUGAAAAAUUAGAUUUCCCUUUUCAUUUUCUAUUAACCUUCUGAGCUAUUACAAACGAGUAAUAGAUUACGGCAUCAAAUAUUUUUACAUUGCCAUUGAAAAUAUUAACCCAUUGUGUGCUUAAUAUACAAAAUACUCAGUAAAAUGUUUAGUAAAGAUGUGUGUACUUACAACAUUCAGUAUUAUAGUCAAUAUUUUGUCAUGUUCAUUAUACACAACAACAAUGUCAAAGUACUUGUACAACGUUCUUGAAUUAAAC